UCCCAAACAAAAUUUAGAAAACGCAGAAAAGUGUUUUUUGGUUCUUUUUAAACUAUAAUAAUGACUGCCGCAGAAAUUGAUAUUCCAGAAGAAAUUUUAGACAAACUACAAAGUUUUCAUGAGGCAUUAAAAAAUGUAGACGAAAUGCUUCGUCCUCUCACAACUAUCAACAUUAAUUCAUCUGAUGUUCAGAUGUCACCUCUUGAUAAAGCAAGACUUAAUUUGAGCUGUGGUUAUGCUUUGAAUUCUCUCUUUUGGAUGUAUUUGAAUACUCAGGGAAUUGAUCCUAAAGAACACAGCAUUAAGACUGAACUAGAAAGGUACAAAAGCUUCAUGCUAAGGGUGAAAGAAAUAACCGAUAAAGACAAAGCUCCUACCCUGGAUAAAGCAGCUGCUGGAAGAUUUGUACGCAAUGCCUUGUGGAAACCUAAAGAGAAAGAAGCUGAAGAAACAGAUGGUUGGUUUUCAUUUUCCUAG